AUGUGCUUAGGAACAGCCCCCCACGGGACUCUGGGGGGGCAGUGUCAGAGAAGAGCCUCCACCUUCUCCAGUAUCCACCCCACCUUCCUCCUACCUCCUCAGAUCCACUCUGAUUCUGAUGAAGGCGAUGGGACCAUCAAGUACACCAUCUCUGGCGAGGGUGCGGGGACCAUCUUCCUGAUUGAUGAGCUGACAGGUGACAUCCAUGCCACCGAGCGCCUGGACCGGGAGCAGAAAACCUUCUACACCCUCCGGGCUCAAGCCAGGGAUCGCGCCACCAACCGCCUGCUGGAGCCCGAAUCGGAGUUCAUCAUCAAAGUGCAGGACAUCAACGACAGUGAGCCGCGCUUCCUACACGGUCCCUACAUUGGCAGUGUGGCUGAGCUGUCACCUACAGGCACGUCUGUGAUGCAGGUGAUGGCCUCCGAUGCGGAUGACCCCACUUACGGCAGCAGCGCCCGGCUGGUGUACAGUGUGCUAGACGGCGAGCAUCACUUCACAGUGGACCCCAAGACAGGUGUGAUCCGGACAGCUGUACCUGACCUCGACCGUGAGAGCCAGGAACGCUAUGAGGUGGUUAUCCAGGCCACAGACAUGGCAGGCCAGCUGGGUGGCCUCUCGGGCUCCACUACAGUCACCAUCGUGGUUACUGACGUCAAUGACAACCCGCCCCGCUUCCCACAGAAGAUGUACCAGUUCAGCAUACAGGAGUCAGCGCCCAUCGGCACCGCUGUGGGCCGAGUGAAGGCCGAGGACUCGGAUGUGGGUGAGAACACAGACAUGACUUACCACCUGAGAGAAGAAAGCGGCAGCGGAGGGGAUGCAUUCAAGGUCACCACGGACAGCGACACUCAGGAGGCCAUCAUCACAGUGCAGAAGCGCCUGGACUUCGAGUCCCAGCAGGUGCACACGGUGGUGCUGGAAGCCCUCAACAAGUUUGUGGACCCCCGCUUCGCCGACCUGGGCACAUUCCGAGACCAAGCAAUCGUGCGCGUGGCCGUGACUGAUGUGGACGAGCCCCCUGAGUUCCGGCCACCCUCCGGCCUCCUGGAGGUGCAGGAGGACGCGCAGGUGGGCUCCCUGGUCGGCGUGGUGACGGCGCGGGACCCCGACGCCGCCAACCGGCCCGUCCGGUACGCCAUUGACCGUGACUCGGAUUUGGAGCAGAUCUUCGACAUUGAUGCAGACACUGGCGCCAUCGUGACUGGCAAGGGGCUGGACCGUGAAACGGCAGGCUGGCACAACAUUACCGUGCUGGCCAUGGAAGCAGACAAUCAUGCUCAGCUAUCACGAGCCUCCCUACGGAUCCGAAUCCUGGAUGUGAAUGACAAUCCCCCAGAGCUGGCUACACCCUACGAGGCAGCUGUGUGUGAGGAUGCCAAGCCAGGCCAGCUUAUCCAGACCAUCAGUGUGGUGGACAGAGAUGAGCCCCAGGGAGGUCACCGCUUCUAUUUCCGCCUGGUACCAGAAGCACCCAGCAACCCUCAUUUUUCUCUGCUGGACAUCCAAGAUAACACAGCUGCUGUGCACACCCAGCACGUGGGCUUCAACCGGCAAGAGCAGGAUGUGUUCCUCCUUCCCAUCCUCGUUGUGGACAGUGGGCCACCCACACUGAGCAGCACGGGCACCCUCACCAUCCGCAUCUGCGGCUGUGACAGCUCCGGCACCAUCCAGUCCUGCAACACCACGGCCUUCGUCGUGGCUGCCUCCCUCAGCCCCGGCGCGCUCAUUGCUCUCUUGGUCUGCGUCCUCAUUCUGGUCGUGCUGGCUCUGCUAAUCCUCACCCUCAGGCGUCACCACAAGAGCCACCUGAGCUCGGACGUGGAUGAGGACAUGCGGGACAACGUGAUCAAAUACAACGACGAGGGCGGCGGCGAGCAGGACACCGAGGCCUAUGACAUGUCAGCGCUGCGGAGCCUCUACGAUUUCGGGGAGCUCAAGGGUGGCGACGCGGGCGGGGGAGCGGCCAGUCCCCCACAGGCUGCCUCCUCCUCCGAGCGCCACUCGCUGCCUCGGGGCCCGUCGAGCCCGGAGCCGGACUUCUCGGUGUUCAGGGACUUCAUCAGCCGCAAGGUGGCGCUGGCGGACGCGGACCUGUCGGUGCCGCCCUACGACGCCUUCCAGACCUACGCGUUCGAGGGCGCGGGCUCGCCGGCUGCCUCGCUCAGCUCGCUGCACAGCGGCUCCACCGGCUCCGAGCAGGACUUCGCUUUUCUCCGCGCCUGGGGCCCGCGCUUCCGACCGCUGGCCGCGCUCUACGCCGGCCACCGUGGGGACGACGAGGCCCCGGCCUCCUAGCCCCAACCGGGCCAGUCCGGCAGCGCGGCCCGACGGGAGGGGACCUGCAUGGCUCCCGCGCCGCGACACGCCCCCAAGGGGUGAAGCUUGCGAGGACUCAGGGGUGCGGGAUGGUGACCAACGUCAGGAGAAGGGAGGGGAACCCGACCUGCGCAGCCCUGGGGUUGGAAGGGACCGCGGAGGGGGGAACCCCAUGCUGGGAAAGGACCUGGGAAGAGAAAGCGGAGGAGGGCGCUGCUGCCGUGCCCACCCCAAGGCUUUCUGGCAUUCAAGUAAAGAUGAAGGAAGGGCUGGUCAUUUACUAAGCACCUACUGUGUGCUGGGAGCUACCCAGAGACCGACUGCAUUGUUGUAGAAACUAUGAGGUGGCGUUCCAAAGGUGACAAGAUAGGAAAGCCCCCCAGAGAAGUGGUUGUGACCUGCCCGGGGACACGCAGACAGCGAGUGGUGGAGCCUCCCGCACUGACCAGCUGCCUGGACAAGUCACCUCAUUUCUCUGGGCCCCAGUUUCCUCAUCUGUCAAAUGAGGUUAAUAACAGCACCUACCUCGAAGAUUUGGAAAGGGUUCAGGUGUCAAGUCGUUGGGCAGUGCCUGGCACAGAGUAGGUGUUCAAUAAAUGCUCGCCUUUGUUACUA